AUGAAAGAAGAGAUUGCUGCCACAGUAGUUUUCAUCACCCGUCUGGUGAAGAAAAAUGAGAAAUUCAGCAAGCAGAAGAUGGAGAAAUUUGGGAGCAAACUGACAAAAAUACUAUUUCAAAAAUACAAGAACCACUGGUACUGUGGAAACCCUUCUAGAGGACAAGCCUACAGGUGUAUCAGAAUAAACAAGAAUCAACCACGGGAUCCUGUCCUCUUUCAGGCUUGUGUAGAAAGCAAUAUUGAAUAUUCAUCUUUGGAACUGCCGAAGGAAUUCACUAUCUGGGUGGAUCCAUAUGAAGUGUGGUGUAGGUGUGGCGAAAACAACCAGCCAUUCAUUAUAACGAGGUUGGAGGAACAGAAAUCUAAUCGGGAAGUCUUCAAGCACAUCAGCAAUGCAGCAGAACGAGCAAGUUCGGAUUACUUCUCUGGUACAUCUUCAGAUGAGGAAAGCCAUAACAAGGAACUGAGUGCAAUUUAUGCUAGAAGCAAAGCCCAUAGGGAAGAGGAGAACUUCACUGCAGCUUCAGAAACAAAGACCAUACCAAUCGUGAGCAACCCAAACAGUAUUUACAUGGGCCACAGCUUUGGUGGAGGAGAAAUCCCUGGAGAAGAACCUCAAACCAUCCCCACUGUGAUUAACCCAAAGAGCAUCUACCAGUAUGAUUACUACAUGUACCAUGCAGCUGUCUGGCCCAGGUUUACACACAAGCAAACUAUCACAGAAGACACUAAAGGUUGCUACCCUCUCCAAAAAAUCUACAAAAUGUACAGAGUUUCCAAUCAUAUGUUCGCAUAUCCUCACAAUGAUCGGUAUCACUGGGUAAAUACCAAGCACUGA